UAGUUGUUCAUUUGUUGUGAAUUGUUUUUUAUUUUAUGCUUUUCUGUGUGGCAUAUUUGAUUUUGUUUAGGGCUUUUUGGUUGAUUUGUUGAUGAAAAAAAGUAGACAUUUAACUCGAAAAAUUCCCAAAAACUUACAUUGUUGAGUAGUGAAGGAAAUAUUUUAGCUCACUUGUAAUGAGUUCUUUUAGUUUUGUUCACAAUGGAAUCAUUUCCAAGAACAAAAAUCAAAUUCAUAUUUUCAAUUUUUCAUUCUUUUGCUCCCGUUUCUCAGAAACCAUCUGUUCAGUUGACCCGAUUCGUAUCAAAUUUACCCGGAUUCAAGAUUAAUUUUAGUUGUGUGCUGUACGUAAACACCGAAGUAAGGUCUGUGAAAUUACAGGUCUGGUACUUUUAACCUUGUGAAAGAGGUAGGUCACAUGGUCAGGGCAGUUCCGGCAAUCUAAUCUUCUGCAUCAGCUGAUUGUUUUUGUCGUUAAGUGAAAAAAUGGCGCAAGAGGACGGGUCACCAGUAACUUCAUCACCCCUGCAGUUCUUUCCCUGGCUAUCUCCUGGGAUGGGAUCUCCAUACUCACCAUGGCUCCGGGAGCUAAAAUCUGAGGAGAGAGGUUUAUGUCUGAUCCAGCUUCUUUACGCAUGUGCUAGCCAUGUCACUUCUGGUAGCAUUGAGAAAUCAAAUUUUUGGCUUGACCAGAUUUCUCAGCUCGCCUCUCCUGAUGGCGAUUCAAUGCAGAGAAUAGCUGCUUAUUUCACUGAGGCACUUGCUGACCGGAUGCUUAAAGGUUGGCCCGGUCUGCAUAAAGCGCUUCAUUCAACGAAAAUAUCAUCAGUCUCAGAAGAAAUUAUUGUUCAAAGGCUGUUCUUUGAUCUCUGUCCUUUCCUAAAGGUUGCGUAUGUGGUCACAAAUCAGGCCAUAGUGGAAGCCAUGGAAGGGGAGAAGAUGGUUCAUAUUAUCGAUCUUCAUUCAUGUGAGCCCGCUCAGUGGAUUAAUUUGAUUCAAACAUUGAAUGCGCGACCUGAAGGCCCUCCCCAUUUGAGAAUUACGGGCAUUAAUGAACAAAAAGAAGUAUUAGACCAAAUGUUCCUUCAGCUGACAGAAGAAGCCGGAAAUCUGAACAUCCCAUUUCAGUUCAAUGCUAUAGUAAGCAAGUUAGAGAACCUUGAUAUCGAAAGUUUGCGUGUCAAGACUGGAGAGGCUCUUGCAAUCUGCUCCGUUCUGCAGCUACAUUCGUUCUUGGCAAGUGAUGAUGAUCAUAGGAGGAAAUCACCAUUAGCAUCUAAGAACCUGCAGAAAGUCUUGCAUAUGAAUAAACUCACUUUGGGAGAGUGGCUGGAGAAAGAUCCAAUCAGUGCAUAUAACCUGAGCCCCGAUACUGCUUGGUCCCCGCUAUCAGGUGCUUCACCAACGGGGAGUUUUUUAACUUCUCUUUGGGGCCUUUCGCCAAAACUAAUGGUAAUAACCGAGCAAGAGGCAAACCACAAUGGCCAUACAUUGAUGGACAGGAUCAUGGAAGCAUUGUACUUCUAUGGAGCACUUUUUGAUUGCUUAGAGUCUACAGUAUCAAGAGCACCAAUGGAGCGACAAAAGGUUGAGAAGAUGCUUUUCGGAGAGGAAAUAAAAAACAUCAUAGCAUGUGAAGGAACUGAGCGCAGGGAGAGGCAUGAGAAGCUUGAGAAGUGGGUUCUAAGACUUGAGUUGGCAGGGUUUGGCAAGGUGCCUUUGAGCUACAAUGGAAUGUUGCAGGCUAGGGGGCUCUUGCGUGGCUAUGAAGGGUAUAAGAUUAAAGAAGAGAAUGGAUGUGUGUUUAUUUGCUGGCAUGACAGACCUCUUUUUACGAUUUCAGGCUGGAGGUCUAGGAGAUAAGAAUGAUAUGUUGGUCGACCAUGCGGGGAUUGAGUGCUUUUUCUCCUUUUUCUUUCUUAUUUCCCUUUUCUUGUUUGUGUAAAGGAUUUUAUGCAUUUCUUCCUAUCCAA